CGCACUGGGAAAGCCGCUUUUGCAGCUCACUACGCAUGCGCGCCGAUUACUCCGCUCUAGAGGGAGAGAUGGCGACGUCCCUGAUCUGCGGCCGUUUGACGGCUAGCCUGAGAAAUUCAGGGGCCAGAAACACUAUCAGCUCCGCUUCCAAGGUUCUCGCCGGCUCUUCUGGUCUGUUCGGAGGCCAUGUGUCCCACCAGCAGCAGAAGAGGAACCUCUCCCUACACGAGUACAUGAGCAUCGGGCUGCUGAAGGAGGCCGGCAUCUCGGUGCCGGACGGCAUGGUGGCCAGCUCCUCGGAGGAGGCCUACUCUGUGGCCAAGCAGAUCGCUUCAAAGGACCUGGUGGUGAAAGCUCAGGUGCUGGCCGGUGGCAGAGGAAAGGGGACAUUCGAGGGCGGACUCAAGGGAGGAGUGAGGAUCGUCUACUCGCCAGAGGAGGCCCGUGAUAUUUCAUCCCAGAUGAUUGGUCGAAAGCUGUACACCAAGCAGACUGGGGAGGCGGGUCGAAUCUGCAACCAGGUGUUCAUCUGCGAGCGCAGGUACCCGCGCAGAGAGUACUACUUCGCCAUCACCAUGGAGAGGUCCUACCAGGGCCCCGUGCUGAUUGGCAGCUCGCAGGGGGGCGUGAACAUCGAAGACGUUGCGGCGGAAAAUCCGGACGCCAUUGUGAAGGAGCCCAUCGACAUUGUGGAGGGCAUUAAGAUGGAGCAGGCUGUCAAGGUCGCUCAGAAGAUGGGCUUCCCGCCGGCGCUGGUGAACGAGGCGGCGGAGAACAUGAUCAAACUGUACAAUCUGUUCAUCAAGUACGACGCCUCCAUGGUCGAGAUCAACCCCAUGGUGGAGGACUCCUCUGGCAUCGUGAUGUGCAUGGACGCCAAGAUCAACUUUGACUCCAACGCAGAGUACCGCCAGAAGAAGGUGUUCGACAUGCAGGACUGGACCCAGGAGGACCCCCGGGACCGGCAGGCCGCCAAGGCCGACCUCAACUACAUCGGCCUGGACGGGACCAUCGGCUGUCUGGUGAACGGAGCAGGUCUGGCCAUGGCCACCAUGGACAUCAUCAAGCUCCACGGCGGCACACCGGCCAACUUCCUGGACGUAGGAGGAGGAGCCACAGCUCAUCAGGUGACCGAGGCCUUCAAACUCAUCACCUCUGACAGGAAGGUUCAGGCCAUCCUGGUCAACAUCUUUGGAGGCAUCAUGAGGUGUGAUGUCAUCGCCCAGGGCAUCAUCAUGGCUGUGAGAGACCUGGACCUCAAGAUCCCCAUCGUAGUGCGGUUACAAGGGACGAGAGUGGACGAUGCCAAAGCUCUGAUCGCGGCCAGUCCACUGAAAAUCCUGGCCUGUGACGACCUGGACGAAGCCGCCAAAAUGGUUGUGAAGCUUUCUGAAAUCGUCUCGCUGGCUAAGGAAGCUCAAGUGGACAUCACCUUCCAGCUGCCCAUCUAAGAAACCUCGAGCUUUGGCGUCCAUGACCUCCCCACCCCAAACACUUCCUCCGUCUCUUAGCGGCCCACCACUCCACCCCCCCAGACAGACAGCAAGGCGAGGAGACGUCCUCGGAGACAUUUAGUUUUCUGUUUCUUACACUGUGGCAUGAUGGCACGACUCUAUACAGGCGUUCACUUAGAGAGAGAAAGGCCUCUGUUUCCUGUCUCGACCCUCCUCAAAGCCACAAACCUGUGUUGCACUUGAGCCGAUACGCACAAACCUCCACUUUAACUCCCUCAUGUCCACUCUGAGAGGGAGACACACGGCGAACCAGUCUGUUUACUGAAGUACUUGUUGGGAAAUGUUUAAAAAAAUAAAUAAAAAAACAGACCAGCUGAAGCUUAUUUCUGUUUGAUUUCAGAUUCAAACGAGCGAGCCGCUCUCACUCGCACAUAUUACUUUGUGUUUUCAGUCCAGUUAAAAUGAGUAAUUGUGAGACAGAGGCUGCAGAUCGGUGCUGUCACAUAAAAGGUGGGGAAUGCGAUUCUGAAGAAAUCCAAUACCACGACAAAUCAGAAUCAGAAAUACUUUAUUGAUCCCCGAGGAUCUCUUGAUGCAGCUGCUCACUGUCACGUCAGUGCACACAGGAAUAGAACUUGAUAUAGAGCGAACAACGACACAGCGAGUAAUAUAACUAACGUUAGCUAGGCUGUGGGUUAGCAGACUGUCGCUGCAGCUGCUGCUGCGAAGCUAACAGCCAGAGAGGACGAGACGGUUUCCCAGAGCAGCACAGCAGCUCCAGACAGCGACGCUCACAACUCUCCUGCUGCUGUAGCUAACAUCACAACAGCAGCAGAUCUUAAACUAGAGAGUCAGCUGAGUGUCCGCGGGCAAGUCGUUUAACGUUACCUGACACACACAUCAUGGCUGGAAUAGUGUUUUUGUUAGUUUCCCGUUCACAGAGCCGGGGCUGAGUACAAACACCGGACAGCUAGCGGGCCGAGAGGAGAUAUUCGCUGAAUCUGACAAAAAGACGUGUGUUGGAUUAGAAUCGCUGACCCCGCCUUUAAAUUGGGUGCAAAUGGAUGACAGGAAAAGGGUUGUAAUCCCAUCACUUUCAUAAACACACAGUUUUGUACGAGUGCCUUUUCAGUGUCUUUAAAUAGGAAUGUAAGAGAGUGAAGAACAGAUCAGUUCCCUCCAUGCAGAGCUGUGAAAUAUUUCAUCAAACAAACAUCAGCUGAAGUGCUGAAAACACAAACAUGCUGUCAAACAAUUAUCGUAUCAGACUGAGCUGUGUCUGUCUAAUAGAACGACAGCAUUGAUUUAAUUACAGUGUAAAGUUUAGAAAUUCCCUACAGACGCCUUCACGAUAUUUCUUUACCUCCUGUAGUCGAAGUCAUACAGCAGAUGUUUGCUUUUUCCAGAAGAGGAGAAGCACUGCAGAGACCCUCUGUUAUAUUGUGAUGGUGAUAACACUGUCUAAGUACAACCUCACAAAGCCGCUAGCAUGGCUGGACACUCUUCGUCUUGAUUAAAUGUGUAUUUUCAAUGCGGAGAGCACCACAGACUAAAUAUUAAGGCGUUGAGGCAGAAAUCUCACAACCUGGACAAAUGAAUCCAAAACUAUCUGCAUGGAGGAAUGUGAGAAAAUGUUUUUUCAAAGUGUCAAUCACAACGGCACCGGCAAAUCUCUCAUUUAAUCUCACAUGACUGAUAAAAGCCCUUGUUCGUGUUUAUUAAUAAAGACCGACGUGACGAAACACUCAGGUAGGAACCCGCUCAUUUUUAGCAGCUGCAUCUAAUUAAAUCACCAAAAAGACAAAGUGUGACUCUCGGCUCAGUGACCGAAUCUUUGAGUACGAGGACGUUUUAUAAAUUUAGCUACUUUAAAAAUAGUUAGCUGAACCUGAAGAGAUGCGAAAAGGAGCUUUAGUUUUGAGGAGUGUGCCACCAUGUUGGAGGCUUCGGGCUGACUCGCCUCCCAGCAUGAAGUCUCUGAUGGCUAAAGGCCUCGGCGGCAGAGUUAGCAUGGCUUACGCUGUUAACCCUCAGCUUCGAACAGGCCACACGUGUCAAAUGAAUUAUUCCAGAAAAAGCCCAGAGGGAAGAACAUGCAGACUAAAGCUGAGUCGACCGAACGUUAAAUCAGCUCGGUGCGAUUUCCUGCGUUCACUUUGCUUCCCGUCUCUCUCGCUCGGUUGAAUUCAAAUAUAAGGAAAAAGGAGGCUCGUCUCUCUUUCUUCCCUGAGGAUUAUUUGCAAACUGCUGUAGCAUGAGCUCAUGCGGCCGUGCACGUCUCCUAGCUGCCUCCUCGCUGUCCCACAGACGUGGGGAAGGACCCUGUCCUGAUUAAGCGAAGCAUGCGUUAUUGUGUUAGCUAAUGGGGGCGGACGGGACGUCUGAGGUGCAGGCGGACGCUCAUGAGUCUCAUCUGUUUCUCCGUUUGAAGCCCAAACCGGACGGGCUGGAGAACCACGAGUUCAGAUGGUCUGACGGCCUCGACGGCAGGUUUACCGUCACGUUGGAGGCAGCCGUUGUAGAAGUCCCACGUUUAAAUGAACUGCUGCAGCUCUUCAGCUCCAUCCCCUCAGAGGUUUUUUAGGUUUUUCUCCUGCUUUGGAUGUUGAAAGUUACAAGAAAUGUUGACUGCAGGUUUGUCUGUGUAUUUAUUUGGUUCUGCUGUAUCCCCUUAAUUGAAGAAUUGGCAGCUUCAGGGUUAAACAGGGACUUCUGCAACGGCUGCCACUGUAUUUCAAUCUGCCAUCAUGCCACGCAGCGGCAGCCAUUAUCUCUUAGCUCCCUCGUUGUUUCUGUAUUUAUACAGUUUCUCCCUCCCUCCCUCCCUCCUCCUCUUCCAGCGCCCCGAACACAAGCCGACAUUGUGAGUUGUACGUCAUUUAUUAUAUCUUGUAAAUAACCAAACUGAUGUUCUCAUUCUGUAAAAUAUUUAAGCUCCUCGCAGGGAGUACGAAAAAGGAAGAAAACAAUAAAUACAGAGAACCUCA